UGCCUCUGUCACGAGCCAAAGGGAAUCUAAUGCUCUCCCCUUCUUUCUCUCCCUUUCUCCGUCUGUCUCUGUCCUUUUUCUGUCCCUCUGCACCCACACCUCUCCUUUGCGCGCUCACACUGCCUGCUGCACUCCUGCCCCCUCCCCACUCCUCUCCACCCACGUCGCAGCUGGAGGAUGAGCUGGUGGCUCUGCAAAAGAAGCUGAAAGGCACUGAGGAUGAGUUGGACAAAUACUCCGAGUCCCUUAAAGAUGCCCAGGAAAAGCUGGAACUGGCUGAGAAAAAGGCUACCGAUGCUGAGAGCGAGGUAGCUUCUCUGAACAGACGUAUCCAGCUGGUUGAGGAAGAGUUGGAUCGUGCACAGGAGCGUUUGGCAACUGCUCUGCAAAAGCUGGAGGAGGCUGAGAAGGCAGCAGAUGAGAGUGAAAGAGGAAUGAAAGUCAUUGAAAACAGAGCCCAAAAGGAUGAAGAGAAAAUGGAAAUCCAAGAGAUCCAGCUUAAAGAAGCCAAGCAUAUUGCUGAGGAGGCUGACCGCAAAUACGAAGAGGUGGCGCGUAAAUUGGUAAUUAUUGAGAGUGAUCUUGAGAGGGCUGAGGAACGCGCUGAACUUUCGGAAGGCCAAGUCCGACAGCUGGAAGAACAGUUAAGAAUAAUGGAUCAAACCUUGAAAGCAUUAAUGGCUGCAGAGGAUAAGUACUCACAGAAGGAAGACAAAUAUGAAGAGGAGAUUAAAAUCCUGACCGACAAACUGAAGGAGGCCGAGACUCGUGCUGAAUUUGCUGAGAGAUCAGUAACCAAGCUGGAGAAGAGCAUUGAUGACCUAGAAGAUAAAUUUCUUUGCUUCACCUGUAAAAAGACAUCUUCAUCCAACUGGAUUAAACCACCUUUUCAAGCUCUUGGAUGUUUCAUGGGCUCACUGUCCUGCCUUCCAGCUUACCUUGAUCCUUUUCUUUUAGACUCCUGUCUCAGGAUAUUGCUCUUUGUGCCUUCUAUUGUACAGAAACUCCACUUCUUUCAAUGUAAAAUAAAACAUCCCGCUGUGUAAGCUGUAUCCCUUUUGCUAUUCUUUUGCCUUUUAUUUAUUGAAAACUAUAUUAAUAAAGUUAAAAAUCUGCUUUUUUGCCUUUAGGAAUCUAUUUUUGGCUGCCUUUCCCUUCUUUACUUUUCUACCCUUUUUCACAAACCUUUUGCUUGGUUAUCAGAAAUGCAAAACCAAUAAUAUUAGCUUGUGGGGUGACAGUGCUACACCUGGGAAUCCUAAAUUGAUCAUUUUUGUAGUGAGAUCUUCAUUUUUUCCCCUCAAAUUAAAAUGCAGAUAAUAUGAGACUCAGGCUCAGUGGGGUUUUUUUUAGGUUUUUACUGUUGGGCCAAAAUCUGCAAGGAUACAAUUCCCACUGAGGUCAUUUGGUCAUGGGAGCAUAGUUGAGAGUGCAAGUUGGCCCUUGGAGAUCUCUUGGCAGUCAAUUUUUCCAGAGUCCAAAAUUUCCUAUUAGCUUGAUACUGAAGACUUCCUGCCUUACAUAAGUGCAUUCUUCAUUUAACUUUUCAGGGAAAGAACUUUUAAAGGGAUAAUGUCAAGUCAAAAAUCACUUUUUUUUUUUUCUAAACAAAACCACCAGAUGUCCUGAUCUCUGAUUAACUACUUGAGUUCUGGAGCUAUGGAAAUCUGUAGAUGUUGUUUACUUCUUAAAUUUUACUCCCUAGGUUGGGGGAAAAUGCAGUGGCGUUUCACUUUUAUCUUUAAUCAGUUUUACAGUUUUGUGUUGGCAUAAAAUUGCAAGUUUGAGUUGCAGAGAAAUGCUUUAAAAAUUAAAUCAGUCUUGUAAUUGUCAGUAGUUAACUCAUACUGCCCUGCCUUCAUUACAUAUUAAAUUAAAUGUUUUCGUUGAUCUCUGGUCCUUUAAAUCUUUGUUCUGAAAAACCUAAAUGGUGGGUUCAUAUUGACCUUGACAUUUGUCCUUUUAAGUAUAGAACAUGAAAUAUUGUCAUUUUUUGCUCUCCUAUAUUAUAUAUAAUUAGAAGUGCAAUGGUAUUUCUUUAAAUUCAUUGCAACUAUUCUAACUUCAUUUCCUUCAUAAUGAGGGGAAAAAUUAAAAUAGUUUUUUACGUUAAAGUGAAUAUCAGUUUAAACUAAAUUGACUUCUAAUUACUCCUUUCAUUAGAUUUUGUUGCUAAAGUUUCCAAAGCUUAUAAAACAUAAAUCAGCUCAAAUCAGUGUACCUAAAUUUACUGUUCCGUACCUAGAUAUUCAUACUUAAUUGCAUAUCAUUCCCAUGUAAAUGGUAAUGUGGAGUUCCCUUAGAAAGCUAUUAUCUUUUUUUUUUUUUUUUUAAACUUUUGUCAAAUGUAUAGUACUCUAUGAGGCUUGAAAAUGCAUCCUUCCCUCUUGCAGUCCUUUCAUAAUUGGUAAUUUCUUCUCUACUUCUCUUUUGUUUUGGUUCCAAUUGAAAAUCAACACUUUUUUCCAUUUCUGUUUUUGAAUUUUUUUUGUCAACUUCACCUCAUAGCAUCUUUUCAUAACGUGAUACUAUGCUUGAUCUGAAUAUUGAUCAUUAGAGAAAUUGAACCAGGUGAGGAUAGAGAAACUCGAGGUUUUUUGGUGGUGUGUGUUUGCUUUAUUUUGUUUUUUUUAUUUGUUCUUGUUUUUUCAAAUUUCGUCAAAUCUAAAAAAGCCUCAGAUUUAAUUCUUCUCAAAAGAAUUAAAAGCCACAAAAUAAAGAUAGGUGUAAUUUGGACAGUCUUCAUAUUGGCCAAUAACUAUACAAUUAUCAAUUAAAUCUGUCCUGUUCCUGUUUAUAUAUACAUUUUAAAAGUUGGAAAACUUGUGGUCAAGAUGAUCAAGUCUGACUAGUGAUUUUUAGAAUUAGUUUUAGUUUGGGCAUCUAGAAUUUUUUUUUUUUUGCCUCAAAAAAAAAAAAAAAAAAAAGUGUUAUGAUCCAAACAAAUAUGCAGCUCUUAGUUCAAAUUAUAACACCAUAUUUUUUUGAAGAAUCACUACAUAGAUUUUGAUAUUCAGAGUGGAUGCUUGGCUAUCUUGAGAUUUGGAUAGUGUUUCCAAGUAUGAUUUAAUGUGUAACAUUGCAGUGAUGAAGAGGGAUGCUGAGGCAGUCUGUCAGUUGUAACAGACCCGGGUUCUGGGCUAUCUUCUGAGCUUACCUGGCUCAGGUGUUUGCCAUUUGUUGCACAAAUGUAUCCUGUGGCCUUGUAUGGCCUUGUUACUGCUGUAGGAUGUUAUAUAUUGCUGCUGUAGCUCUCAGGUGGGUUAUCUGAAAGGCAAAACAGAUUGCUCUGCACACUGGAAAAACUGGGUAUGAACAGUCAAAAUAUUCAUGUAAAAUCUCAAUUCAUAUUUAUGCUGUCAAUAAAAAUACAAAACAAGAGAAGGAAA